AUGAGUAAUUUUAGUUAUAGGGAGUGGUCAUUAGUUGUUGAAAAUUCAUUCUUACAAUUUAAGUGGACAAAAAUACAUAUACGGAAGAAGAUAUCAACCAGAUUAUAUCGAAGGAAUAUUACUUGGCAUACAGAAACGGUGAUACCUCAACCCAAACGUUGUAGAAGUGACAAAUACGUAAAUUUUACGGAAGAAUCAAAUGAAAUUUGUGAUGAAGCUACUGGUUACCUUCUUGUCUGUUACAAUAAUAUUGACAAAAUUAUGUCAAUUCGUAUAGAUUCACCAUCAAAACAUAUUUGA